GGGUGGGCUGCUAGAAAGUAGUUUGUGUGUGUACCUUGUGUACUUUGAGUGCCCGUGUGUACUUUGUGUGUGUCUGCGCACGCGCGUGCAUGUGUAUAUUAGGAGGGGAACCUGGCUGCGCCUGUCAGCGAGUCUGUCUGUGUAUCCCUGUCCAGUGGGAGGAGAGACUGGGCCAGGUGGGGGAAGGUGGGGGAAGGGUUCUGCACUGACUUACACCCCUUCCAUGGGGACAGGGCACUGCCCACUCGUCCUCUCUGCUCAGAAGUGGACACUGAGGCCCAGCCUCACCUGCGUGUUUGGGGUGCCUGAGCGCGGCCUUGAACCUGGGGCCUUCUCUCAUCCCUGAUCCCUGGGCUGGGCCAUCCUUUAUCCCUGAUCCCUGGGCCCUGAUCCCUCUGCCCGUCCUGCCCCUCCUUGCUGCCCCCGCAGCCUGCUGAGCCCUGGCCGGCAUUCCUGAGAGCUGAGGAUGUCGACCGAGGGGUUAGUGGAUAUGCGUCGGCGUCCUCCGGUGCCUGGCACGCCAGAGGUGUUAUAUAAGCGUUUGCGCUUGUUAUUAUUUUUUGCUGGGAGGCUCCUGGCAUUCGGCACUCAGGUCUUCAGCGCAGUGUGAGUGUGUCAGGCACUUGCCAGAGACCUGCCCCAUCCCACCGCAGCCUCACAGCAGCCUUCGGAAAGCAUCGGGCGUUGGUGGCAUGAGGACCGCUGGACACAGACAACUCCACUUCAGCCUGGACCUGACCUGCCACCCUGACCAAGUCUCUUAGCCCUGGGUGAAGGACACGGGCUGUGUGGCCCCUGGAGGCCAGGCCAGUCAGUCCCAUGCCCCAGCGGCUCCAUCAGUGCCAACACUGGGCCUGCCAAGGAGGUGGCACAGUUUUUCCACGGCCAGUGGGAAGAGGGUCUCCCCAUUGCUGCUCCCCCGCCUUGUCACUGAGAGCUGCCUGGGGGCUGUGGCUACCUGCAGAGGACCCAGCAGGUCAGGCUCGCUCCAGCCCCGGGAAGUGAUGGACACUUCUCUGCUAAGUUCGAAGUCCUGCCCUCCCAGCCCCUGUGUGUGGCCCACCGAGGGGCCCCUGAAUGUGGAAGUAGAGACGGCCCGACGCUGCUGCAGCUCACAGUGUGCGUUCGCCACUGGGCCAAGGCCGGAUGCCCUGUGCCACCCCGAAUAACCCCUCUGCCCUAUGCCGCCGCCACCCGCCACCUGCUCCUCCGAGACCUCGGAAUGCCAGGCCUGGAGGCACCUUUGCCAGGGUGCCCAGGGCCAUCCUGGCGAGACCUCUGUGAGGCCAGUGCAAGGGCUUUGGAGCCCCGAGGGCUUGAGUGUGAAUCCCAGCGCUUCUGUCAUCUGGCUUUGCAACCUGGGGUGAGCCACCCACUCUGCCUCAGUUUCCCGCCCAGAACCUGCUCCUGACCCUUGACCUGGCAAAGUCAAAAGUCAGAUGCCUCCAACAGUCAAGCCAGCGCCCACCAGACCGAGUGCCCUUUCCUGGAGGCUGUGAUGGGUCAUCAGCGUCGCCACUUGUGUCGGGGCAGUCCUGGCCACCUCGCAAACACCAGCCCACAGAGUAGCAGGCUUGGGACGGAAAGUUCUGGAAAAGGAGCUUCCUGGCUGCUCCAAGAUCAUCGGAGAGCUCUUCCUUGCCACCCUGGUGCUGGCAAAAGUCCUUGGCCUUUGAGAAUGUGAACUUUUUCUGGACGGGCAAGCUGGGUGCAGGAGAGCUCAGUGUGUGCGGACGGGCAGGACACAUCCCUGCGCCCAGCCCUGGAUGCACAGGUGAACCUGUCCCGUCCCUCUGCGCGGGCUCCAGCACAGCUGCUCUCCCGGCUGCUGCCGUGGGCAGGGGUCACUCCAGAGCUGUCCUGCUGGGAGUGGAGCUGCCGAGGGCCUUCUUGCUCGUGUUCUGUCAGCACUCAUCUCGGCUAGGUUCACACCCGGGACCCCGGUGGAGAGCCUCUGUCGCCACUGCCCGCGGUUCCAAAGCGCCUGUGCACCAGAAGAGGCGGAGCUCUUCAACCCGAGAGAUCCAGGCGCGUGAGUGGCGAUGUCCUUGCGGUUUCAUUUGCAUUUCCGGAUGUGCCUGCUUCUUAACGCCUUGGUGCCGGGGAGCCAGCCAGGCCCCGGGACUCGUUUCUGGGUCCUCGCGUCUCAGUCCUGUCUGAACGAAGCAGUGGAUCCUGGGAGCCCUUGGGAAGACCUCUCAGUCUCACAGGCCACGUAUGCAUCCCAUUGUGACUUCUGCCAACUGUUCCCUGGGGACAGAGGGACACGUGUGGCUUGGGGUGCCCUCUUGGGUGAGCAUGGCGGCCGGGCCCAGUGUCCGUCUGAAAGCCCAACAUGUGUCCCUUUCCGGCCUGCGCUUUGGUCUUCCCAUCUGUCAAGUGGGGUGAAGAAGCCGCUCUCUCAAGACUGUCUUGAGGAGCCCUGCACCCUGGGCUGCCGCGGGCCCAGGCCUUCUGAGACCUAUAAAUGUCUUGCGGAGGUUCCAGAUGAGGAUGCCACCUCAGAGCCCGGGACCUUCCUGCCAGCAGGGAGAACCAGCCGAGGUCCAGAGACGGGCAGCGACUUGCCCCAGGUCACCAGCCAAGUGGAGGAGCUGAGAUUCAACGCCCGUGCGCCACCUUGGAGGCCUGCUUGGGACUCAGUCCUCACGGCGCCGCCCCUGGUCUGGAGGAAGAACUGCAGCCUGGAUGGAUCACCCGCCCCUCCUCAGCACUGGCCCCAGCUUGGGUCACACUGACCCCAAAGGGACAUGGCUGAGCAGCUGGGCUCCAGGGAGCCACAUCUGAAGCACACGGAGCAGCCCGCACACUCCGCCGCUGGCUCCCCUCUGACGCGGGAGGGGAGUGAAUAACAGUCUCAGCCAUCAUGCGCAUCUGCUAAAAAUAACCCUGACAUACUUUUGCAUUGGGAAACAAUGUGGAUUCCAAACAUUCUCAAAGGGCAGAGAGGGGAAAAAGGGAAGACUGGAAAUCAAGUUUUUGAGCUUAGUAAUUAAUUAGCGCCUGUAAACAAGUGAUUCAUGUUCUUUCCUAGCUAUUUUUCUUUCCGUUUUGUGUGGAUCUUUGCAGGGACUGGGGAAGGAGGCCAGCAGAGCCAAGUUGAUAGUUGCAGGGGCCUGGAUGGGACCGUCCUGAGGAGGACGAGAGGGGGCCUUCAGGUGGGUUCCCUCGUGUGGUGUGGCCCUGACAGCCGGGGCCUGGGCACAUCCAAGGAACAAUGAGGAGGCCACACAGGCGGCGUGGAGGCCAGACAGGUGCACGGGACCCAGGCCACACAGCGCGGGUGGCUGGGUGAAGGCAUUUUCCAUGGAUCCCGAAGACAGCGGGAGCCUGGGAGGGCUUUGAGGGGGAAGGAAAAUCAUCCGACUUAUAUAACGACAUCAUUUAAAGAAUGGAUAAUCAGGGAAAUCUAUUCUGACUGUUCUCUGUUAUUUGGAUGCAUCUGGGAUUGAGAUUUCCCAAACAAAUGAUUAUCCAGUGGUUGCAUUUUUUAGGCGUUCCCAUUUUCAAUGUCCGUCUCCUCCCUGCAGAAUAUCAGCCCUGCGACAGGAGGGACCUCGUGAGUUUUGUUUACUUCUGUGUCCCAGUGUCUGGACCACGGCUAGGCACACAGUAGGACCGAAGCACAUGUUUUCCAAGUGACUGAAUGCUCUCCACGAGGUCGUGGCUUUGUUCCAUCGUAGAGGGCAGAGAGAUCUCCCAAGGCCAGGCUGGGAUGAUCCCAGGAAAGGCAGUUUGUUUAGUUCAAAUUAAAGAGAAGUUUUACAGCUGGAAACUCUGUUCUCUAAGGGAGCAGUGCCCCAGCAAAGGAGCGUACAUGCAGGGCCUGCACUCCUAACCCCAUGGUAGCCCCGUCUGGGUUGACACGGUCUCUGAGCUGGCUACAGAUUCCAUGCAGCUAUCUGUGAGGUCUGUGUACUGCUAUGCCUGUCAUACACAGAGAAACUAAGGCCUGAGGGACAGUAACAUGCUCAAGGGCACGUGGUUCCAAGUUGGGGAGCCUGGGUUAGAAACCAGGUCUGACCAUAAAGUCUGUGCUCUUAACCCUUUCUCUGAGCCAUCAACAUUGGUUCAAAUGCCAGCUGUAUGUGCUGUGUGACCCGGGGUAAGAUGCUUUGCCUUUCUGGUCCUCAGUGUCUGUCUCUUUACCUGCGGAUGUGGAUGCCUGCCUCGCAGGGCUGCUGGGUGGAGCCAAGGAGACCUGAGCUGGCACAAGGUGCUUGCAACACCCACACCCUCCUCCCAGCUGAGGUCCUUCCAGGUGCUCCCCUGGAAGGGGAGCCCCUCUCGGCUCUUAACCCCUCUCAGCUG